GGAAUUGAGCUUCCAGAUCCUUCUAGAUCGCGGCGGGGUUGUUCCAGGAGGCUGCGAUCUGCGGUGCGUCGGAUGAGAAACUUCACAUGUUUCAGGGAUCCAGGAAAACAAUGAAAUGGGUAUCAUUGCUUAAGGACAUCAAAGAGAAGGUCGGUUUAUCGCAAACUCCAGCGGCGUCGCCAGUUUCAGGGUCAUCCUCAUCUCCUUUUUCCAGCAAUGAAAAUGUCCAGUCGGCACGUCAGGACUUCUCGGGGUCUCCUUCAAGAGACAAACAUGAACUGGAAUUGGACUUCAAAAGAUUUUGGGAAGAGUUCCGUUCUUCCAGUUCCGAAAAGGAGAAAGAAGCGGCCUUGAAUUUGACUGUAGAUGUUUUCUGUAGAUUAGUGAAGCAACAUGCUAAUGUAGCCCAGUUAGUCACCAUGUUAGUUGAAACACAUAUAUUCUCUUUUGUUGUGGGAAGAGCAUUUGUAACAGAUAUUGAGAAGUUGAAAAUUGGUAGCAAAACAAGAUCAUUGAAUGUUGUGAAAGUGCUAAAUUUUUUUUCUGAAGUUACAAAGGAUGGCAUCAGCCCUGGUUCGAAUUUGUUAAAUGCAGUGGAAGUUCUUGUAUCUGGGCCUAUUGAUAAGCAAUCUCUCCUUGAUUCUGGAAUUUUUUGCUGUCUCAUUCAUAUUCUAAAUGCUCUCCUGGAUCCCAGUGAUGCUAAUCAAAGGCAAAAGACUCCUGAUAAGGAAGAACUAUCUCUAGCCAACAAAGAUUAUGAUGGUGACGUAGCACAAGUUCGCCAACUAGGGAUUGAGGGAAGUGUUGUGCAUAUUAUGAAAGCAUUGGCAAGCCAUCCUUCAGCUGCUCAGAGUUUGAUUGAGGAUGAUUCCCUUCAAUUACUUUUUCAGAUGGUAGCCAAUGGGUCUUUAACUGUUUUCUCUCAAUAUAAGGAUGGUCUUAUCCCAUUGCAUACUAUUCAACUUCAUAGACAUGCGAUGCAGAUACUUGGUCUUCUUUUGGUUAAUGACAAUGGAAGCACAGCCAAGUAUAUACACAAACAUCAUCUGAUAAAAGUUCUUUUAAUGGCUGUCAAGGGCUUCAAUCCUGACUCUGGGGAUUCUGCCUACACGGUGGGCAUUGUUGACUUGUUACUUGAAUGUGUGGAAUUGUCAUAUAGACCUGAAGCUGGUGGUAUCAAGCUGAGGGAGGAUAUACAUAAUGCCCAUGGUUAUCAGUUCCUUGUUCAAUUUGCACUACUUCUUUCUACCAUGCCAAACUAUCAGGGCAUUCAGUCUACCCAUUCCAAUUCUUCUUCUGAGCAAAAUUCUGUUUCAGCUGGUUCUCAUACAUUUAAUGAUACUAGAACACAAAAUUUCACUGAGAAAAGAGGGGACAACUCGCCUCAAAAUCUUUCGCCAACGUUGUCCAGGUUGCUUGAUGUUCUUGUUAAUCUAGCUCAAACAGGGCCUGCUGAAUCUGCAGGAUCAGCUGGAUCCAGAGGUUUCAAAUCUUCUCAUACCAAGGCGAUUGGCCAUGGCAGAAGUCGUACAUCAUCUUCUGAUCGAAUUGGUGAUGAAAUUUGGGAGAAGGACAAUUAUAAAGUUAAGGACCUUGAAGCAGUUCAGAUGUUGCAGGACGUUUUUCUCAAAGCGAACAGCAGGGAACUGCAGGCAGAAGUAUUAAAUAGGAUGUUUAAGAUUUUCUCAGGUCAUCUUGAAAACUACAAAUUGUGCCAGCAGCUAAGGACUGUGCCACUCCUUAUCUUAAAUAUGGAUGGUUUUCCUCCAUCUUUGCAAGAGAUCAUCUUGAAAAUUCUUGAAUAUGCUGUGACUGUUGUGAACUGCAUUCCUGAGCAAGAAUUGCUUUCACUUUGCUGCUUGUUGCAGCAGCCAAUCACGUCUGAAUUAAAGCACACCAUUCUUUCAUUUUUUGUAAAACUCUUAUCCUUUGAUCAACAGUACAAGAAAGUGCUGCGAGAAGUUGGUGUGCUGGAAGUUCUGUUGGAUGAUCUGAAGCAGCACAAGUUUCUUUUGGGUGCAGAUCAACACAAUGGUAAUCCUGAUCAGCUGGAGAGAAAAUCUAGCUCCGGUGGCUUCAAGAAACACUUUGACAGUAAGGAUGCUAUCAUAUCUUCACCAAAGCUAAUUGAAUCUGGUUCUGAGAAGUUUCCUCUUUUUGAAAUUGAGAGCACAGUUGCUGUUGCAUGGGAUUGUUUAGUUUCAUUAUUGAAGAAAACUGAAACAAAUCAAGCAUCAUUCCGAUCAACAAGUGGUGUGACCACUGUUCUCCCUUUUUUGGUUUCUGAUAUUCACCGUUCAGGGGUCCUCCGGGUGUUCUCAUGUUUGAUCAUCGAAGAUGUUACUCAGGCUCAUCCUGAAGAAUUAGGUGCACUAGUUGAAGUUCUUAAAAGUGGAAUGGUUACAAGUGUUUCAGGAUCUCAGUACAGGCUUCAAAAUGAUGCAAAAUGUGAUAUUUUGGGAUCCCUGUGGCGCAUUCUGGGAGUUAACAGUUCAGCACAGCGGGUCUUUGGUGAAGCUACUGGGUUUUCUCUUCUACUGACCACACUCCAUAGUUUCCAGAAUAAUGAAGGGCACACAGAUCAAUCUUCUUUAGUCAUUUACGUUAAGGUGUUCACAUACCUGUUACGUGUUGUGACGGCUGGAGUGUUUGAUAAUGCUGCUAAUAGGACAAAGUUGCAUACUAUUAUAUUAUCCCAAACUUUUUAUGAUCUUCUAUGUGAGUCUGGUUUGCUCUCUGUAGAGUGGGAAAAGCAAGUCAUACAGUUGUUGUUGGAACUUGCUCUCGAAAUAGUGCUUCCACCACCCUUGACAUCAGAACUCACCACACCAUCUGAUAUGAGUGAAACUGGAUCAUCUACUUUUGUUUUAGCGGCUCCAUCAGGUUCUUUUAACCCCGACAAGGAAAGGGUGUAUAAUGCUGGUGCUGUUAGAGUGCUCAUCCGAUCGUUGCUGCUUUUUACUCCAAAAGUGCAGUUAGAAGUACUGAAUAUCAUUGACAAGCUUGCACGUGCUGGGCCCUAUAAUCAGGAAAACCUCACUUCUGUUGGUUGUGUGGAACUUCUGCUGGAGAUAAUUCACCCUUUUCUUUUGGGCUCAUCACCAUUGCUUUCUUAUGCUCUGAAGAUUGUGGAAGUUCUUGGAGCGUAUAGGUUGUCAACAUCUGAACUUCGAGUGCUUAUUAGAUAUAUUCUUCAGAUGAGGCUCAAGAGUUCUGGUCAUAUUCUUGUUAGUAUGAUGGAAAGGCUAAUUCUCAUGGAAGAUUUGGCUUUUGAAAGUGUUCCUCUGGCACCAUUUGUAGAGAUGGACAUGAGCAGGAUCGGUCAUGCCUCUGUUCAAGUAUCUCUGGGGGCAAGAUCUUGGCCUCCAGCUGCUGGUUAUUCAUUUGUUUGUUGGUUCCAGUAUCGUAACUUCUUGACAUCACUUUCCAAGGAAACAGAUUCUUCUAAGGCUGGGCCUUCUAAAAGGCAGAGCACAUCUGGCAAGCAGCAACAUGGGGGCCAUGUUCUCCGUAUUUUUUCUGUUGGUCCAGUGGAAAAUGGGAAUGCAUUCUAUGCAGAACUUUAUCUUCAAGAAGAUGGUGUUCUAACCCUGGCAACCAGCAACUCCAGCUCCUUAUCUUUUUCAGGGUUAGAACUGGAGGAGGAUAGAUGGCAUCACCUUGCCGUUGUUCAUAGCAAACCUAAUGCUCUGGCUGGACUUUUUCAAGCUAGCGUUGCACAUGUAUAUCUCAAUGGAAAGCUGAGACACACAGGAAAACUUGGAUAUUCACCAUCUCCAGUUGGAAAAUCUUUGCAGGUGACCAUUGGGACGCCAGUUACUUGUGCAAGAGUUAGUGGCUCGUCGUGGAAACUUCGAUGCUGCUAUCUUUUUGAGGAGGUGCUCACAUCAGGUUGUAUUUGUUUCAUGUAUAUUCUUGGAAGAGGCUAUAGAGGGCUCUUCCAAGACACUGAUCUUUUGAGAUUUGUUCCAAAUCAGUCUUGUGGUGGAGGUAGCAUGGCCAUCUUAGAUUCCUUAGAUGCUGAAUCACCUUUGGCUUCCAAUGUGCAAAGGCUUGACAGUGCCAGCAAGCUAGGAAAUUCUAAGGCAGAUGGCAGUGGGAUUGUUUGGGAUUUAGAGAGACUAGGAAAUCUCUCAUUGCAACUCUCUGGGAAAAAGCUUAUAUUUGCAUUUGAUGGAACAUGUACAGAAGCACUUCGAGCAUCUGGGGCCUUGUCCAUGCUCAAUCUAGUUGAUCCAAUGUCUGCUGCUGCUUCUCCCAUUGGAGGUAUACCACGCUUUGGACGUCUUCAUGGGGAUGUUUAUGUUUGCGGUCAAUGUGUUAUUGGUGAUAGCAUCCGCCCCGUUGGUGGGAUGGCUGUUGUCCUUGCUCUUGUUGAAGCUUCUGAAACUAGGGAUAUGCUGCACAUGGCCCUGACUUUACUUGCUUGUGCACUUCAUCAGAAUCCUCAGAAUGUUAAAGACAUGCAAACCUGCAGAGGAUACCAUCUGCUUCUCCUUCUUCAUAGAAGAAUGUCACUGUUUGACAUGCAAUCUCUUGAGAUCUUUUUCCAGAUUGCUGCAUGUGAGGCUUCAUUUUCUGAACCAAAGAAGUUGGAAAAUACUCAUAAUAUUUCCUUGCCUGCUGCAACUAUUCCAGAAGCCAGCAUUGAGGAUCUUAAUUUCUCAAAGUUCCGGGAUGAAUUUUCUUCAGUUGGAUUUCAUGGAGAUAUGGAUGAUUUUUCUGCACACAAAGAUUCAUUUAGUCAUAUUUCGGAGCUUGAAAAUACUGAUAUACCAGUUGAAACAUCAAAUUGUAUUGUGUUGGCAAAUGCAGAUAUGGUUGAGCAUGUCUUGUUGGACUGGACCUUGUGGGUUAAGGCAUCAAUUUCAGUUCAAAUUGCUCUAUUGGGCUUUCUUGAGCAUUUAGUGUCAAUGCAUUGGUAUAGGAAUCAUAAUCUUACGGUUCUGCGCCGAAUUAACCUUGUUCAACAUUUGCUAGUUACUCUGCAGAGGGGUGAUGUUGAAGUUCCUGUGUUAGAAAAAUUGGUGGUGUUGCUUGGGGUAAUUUUGGAAGAUGGAUUUCUGGCUUCUGAACUGGAACAUGUGGUCAGGUUUGUGAUUAUGACAUUUGAUCCACCAGAACCGACACCACGGCGUCAAAUUAUUCGAGAGACGAUGGGGAAGCACAUUAUUGUGAGAAACAUGCUGCUGGAGAUGCUCAUUGAUCUACAAGUUACAAUACAUUCAGAAGAGUUGCUUGAGCAGUGGCAUAAGAUUGUUUCAUCCAAAUUGAUAACAUAUUUUCUCGAUGAAGCUGUUCAUCCCACAAGUAUGAGAUGGGUGAUGACUCUUCUUGGUGUGUGUCUUGCAUCUUCUCCUACAUUUGCACUUAAAUUCCGCACUAGUGGAGGUUAUCAAGGUUUGGCACGAGUACUUCCUAGUUUCUAUGAUUCCCCAGAUGUAUACUAUAUUCUGUUCUGUCUGAUGUUUGGAAAGCCUGUUUAUCCAAGAUUACCGGAAGUUCGCAUGCUAGAUUUUCAUGCUCUUAUGCCAAGUGAUGGAAGUUAUGGUGAGUUGAAAUUUGUAGAAUUGUUGGAAUCUGUGAUAGCAAUGGCGAAAUCUACAUAUGAUAGGUUGAGUAUGCAAUCAAUGCUUGCCCACCAAACUGGAAAUCUUUCCCAGGUCAGUGCUGGUCUUGUGGCAGAACUUGUGGAAGGAAAUUCAGACAUGGCUGGGGAGCUUCAGGGUGAAGCAUUGAUGCAUAAGACAUAUGCAGCACGCCUGAUGGGUGGCGAGGCCUCAGCUCCUGCUGCUGCAACUUCAGUGCUGAGAUUCAUGGUUGAUCUAGCCAAAAUGUGCCCUCCCUUUUCUGCUAUUUGCAGACGAGCUGAAUUUCUUGAAAGUUGUGUUGAUCUUUAUUUUUCUUGUGUCAGGGCUGCUCAUGCGGUGAAGAUGGCUAAAGAACUUUCUUUGAGGACAGAGGAGAGAAAUUCAAACGAUUGUGAUGAUACCUGUAGUUCCCAGAAUACAUUCUCUAGCUUGCCUAAUGAGCAGGAACAGUCUGCCAAAACCUCCAUAAGUGUUGGGAGCUUCCCACAAGGACAGGAAUCAAGCAAGUCAAUGCAAGAGUAUGUUCAAGCUGUUCGGAGGUUGGAUGGUGAAACUGUUGACCAGGUGUCUGCCACUUCUUGCUCUAAUGAAUUUAGUUUCAGUAAUAACAAAGGGACUCCGGAUCCCAUUCACCUGACAGAUUCACAGAGUUCUGCAUCUUUACUCAUACCUGAUUCUCCCAUUUUAUCUGAGAAAUCUGGUUCUAGAAUUCCACUCACGCCCUUUUCAUCCUCAGCUAUUGCAUUGUCAAAUUUCUUGAGUGCCAGCGUAAAUGAAUCAAAAGCUCACUUAGUUGGGACUCCUUCCAUGGAAUCUUCUGCCUCUAUGAGUGAAUCUGAUCCAUCUUUAGACUUGAAAUCCAGUUCUCAGGGGUCGUCUGCCACAAACACAUUUUUUGCAGUUAGCCCAAAGCUUCUACUUGAAAUGGAUGAUUCUGGCUAUGGUGGUGGUCCUUGUUCUGCUGCUGCUACUGCAGUUUUAGAUUUUAUGGCAGAAGUGCUUUCUGACUUUGUUACUGAGCAGAUGAAAGCAGCGCAGGUUAUGGAGACCAUUCUGGAAACUGCUCCUUUAUAUGUUGAUGCUGAAUCUAUUUUAGUUUUUCAGGGUCUGUGCCUUAGUAGGCUGAUGAACUUCCUUGAAAGGCGCCUCUUGCGUGAUGACGAGGAAGAUGAGAAAAAGUUAGAUAAGAGCCGCUGGUCGUCCAACUUAGAUGCAUUGUGCACAAUGAUUGUAGAUCGUGUAUAUAUGGGUGCUUUUCCUCAGCCUGCCACUGUACUGAAAACUCUGGAGUUCUUGUUGUCUAUGCUACAGCUUGCAAAUAAAGAUGGACGAAUUGAAGGAGCAGCUCCUGGAAAAGGUCUUUUAUCCAUCGCCAGAGGGAGCAGGCAGCUUGAUGCUUAUAUACAGUCAAUAAUUAAGAACACAAACCGUAUGAUAUUGUAUUGUUUCCUGCCAUCAUUCUUGAUUAGCAUCGGAGAGGAUGAUUUUCUUUCACGCUUAGGUUUGCAAAUUGAACCUAAGAAAAAGUCAUCCCCAAACUCUUCAGAGGAAGAUACAGGAAUUGAUAUCUGUACAGUUCUACAGUUAUUAGUUGCUCACAGACGAAUAAUAUUCUGUCCCAGCAAUCUUGAUACUGAAUUAAGUCGCAGUUUAAAUUGCUGUCUCUGCAUAAAUUUAAUUCCUCUUCUCUGUGACCAAAGACGAAAUGCUGUGAAUAUGGCUGUUGAUGUUGUCAAGUAUCUGUUGGUGCAUCGCAGGGCUGCACUAGAAGACUUGCUAGUCUCUAAACUGAACCAAGGUCAGCUUUUGGAUGUACUACAUGGUGGCUUUGACAAACUAUUGACAGGAAGCUUAUCUGCUUUCUUUGAGUGGCUUCAGACUAGUGAACAGAUUGUUAAUAAAGUAUUGGAGCAGUGUGCUGCUAUUAUGUGGGUGCAGCAUAUUGCUGGAUCAGCAAAGUUUCAUGGAGUGAGAAUGAAAGGUUUGGAGGAGCGUCGUAAGCGGGAAUUGGGGCGCAGAUCACGGGAUAUUGCGAAAUUAGACUUGAGACACUGGGAGCAGGUCAAUGAGCGGCGGUGUGCACUUGAAUUGGUUCGUGAAGCAAUGUCUACUGAGCUGCGAGUUGUUCGUCAAGAUAAGUAUGGAUGGGUUCUCCAUGCUGAAAGUGAGUGGCAAACCUAUCUCCAACAACUUGUACAUGAGCGAGGAAUAUUUCCAAUGCGCAAAACCAGUCUGACUGAAGAUCCUGAAUGGCAGCUUUGUCCCAUUGAAGGUCCAUAUAGGAUGCGCAAGAAGCUUGAAAGAUGCAAAUUAAAAAUUGAUACCAUCCAAAAUGUUCUAGAUGGACAGUUUGAAUCAGUGGAAAUAGAGCUGUCCAGAGAGAAAAAUGAGAAUGGUUUUGAAGCAUCUGAUACUGAUUCUGAGUCAUAUUUCCCUCUUUUAGACGGUGGUGUCAAACAGAUUGAUGACAAAUAUUAUGAUGAAUCAUUUUUUAAAGAAUCAGAUGAUAUUAAAGAUGUUGCUUCUGCAAGGAGUGGAUGGAAUGAUGACCGAGCUAGUAGUAUAAAUGAAGCAAGUCUUCACUCUGCUCUUGAAUUUGGUGUCAAGUCUAGUGCUAUCUCUGUCCCAAUGUCAGAGAGCAUUCAGGGAAGAUCUGACACAGGAUCUCCAAGGCAGUCUUCUUCUGUGAAAAUUGAGGAGGGGAAAGGUACUGAGGAUAAAUUGGAUAAGGAACUGCUUGAUAAUGGUGAAUACUUAAUCAGACCUUAUCUAGAACCUCUUGAAAAGAUAAGAUUCAGAUAUAAUUGUGAACGAGUAGUUGGCCUUGACAAACAUGAUGGUAUUUUUCUGAUAGGGGAACUCUGUUUGUAUGUCAUUGAGAAUUUUUACAUUGAUGACACUGGGUGCAUCUGUGAAAAGGAAUGUGAAGAUGAACUCUCUGUUAUUGAUCAAGCUUUGGGAGUAAAGAAGGAUGUUAAUGGUGGUAUGGAUUUCCAACCCAAGUCCACUCCAUCUCGGGGUGUGACAAAGGCAUGGGUUGGUGGAAGGGCAUGGGCCUACAAUGGUGGUGCAUGGGGAAAGGAGAAAGUGUGUUCUAGUGGUAAUCUACCUCAUGCUUGGAAUAUGUGGAAACUUAGUAGUGUUCAUGAAAUCUUGAAGCGUGAUUACCAGUUGCGUCCAGUUGCUAUUGAGAUAUUUAGUAUGGAUGGAUGCAAUGAUCUCCUAGUUUUCCACAAAAAGGAGAGAGAAGAAGUGUUCAAGAACUUGGUUGCCAUGAAUCUUCCGAGGAACAGCAUGCUGGACACAACCAUUUCAGGUUCAAUGAAACAGGAAAGCAAUGAGGGCAGCCGUCUUUUUAAGAUUAUGGCUAAAUCCUUUUCCAAGAGGUGGCAAAAUGGAGAAAUUAGCAAUUUUCAGUACCUUAUGCAUCUCAACACCCUUGCAGGACGUGGAUACAGUGAUCUCACACAGUAUCCAGUGUUUCCAUGGGUUCUUGCAGACUAUGAGAGUGAAAAUCUGGAUCUGUCAGAUCCCAAGACUUUCCGUAAACUUGAAAAACCAAUGGGUUGUCAAACAUUAGAGGGGGAAGAGGAAUUUAAGAAAAGAUAUGAGAGCUGGGAUGAUCCAGAGGUCCCCAAGUUUCAUUAUGGUUCUCAUUAUUCUAGUGCUGGAAUUGUCCUAUUCUAUCUGCUGCGCCUGCCACCAUUCAGUGCAGAGAACCAAAAGUUACAAGGUGGUCAGUUUGACCAUGCUGAUCGUCUUUUCAAUAGUGUAAGAGAUACAUGGUUAAGUGCAGCUGGGAAGGGCAACACAUCAGAUGUGAAGGAACUAAUUCCAGAAUUCUUCUACAUGCCAGAGUUCCUGGAAAAUCGUUUCAAUCUUGACCUGGGAGAAAAACAAUCAGGAGAAAAGGUUGGUGAUGUUGUGUUACCUCCCUGGGCCAAAGGCAGUGCCAGAGAGUUUAUCAGGAAGCAUAGAGAAGCACUAGAAUCCGAUUUUGUUUCAGAAAAUCUGCAUCAUUGGAUAGAUCUCAUCUUUGGAUACAAACAGAGAGGGAAGGCUGCUGAAGAAGCUGUGAAUGUUUUCUACCAUUACACCUAUGAGGGAAGUGUAGACAUAGAUUCGGUUACAGAUCCUUCAUUGAAAGCAUCCAUUCUAGCACAAAUUAAUCACUUUGGACAGACUCCUAAGCAAUUAUUCCUCAAACCCCAUGUGAAAAGGCGAUCUGAUAGAAAGUUUCCUCCGCAUCCACUCAAGCACAACAUGCAUCUUGUACCUCAUGAAAUACGUAAGUGCUCAUCUUCCAUAACUCAAAUUGUUACUUUCCACGACAAGGUUCUUGUGGCUGGAACAAAUAGCCUGCUUAAACCCAUAACAUAUACCAAAUAUGUUUCAUGGGGUUUCCCAGACCGUAGCUUGAGAUUUAUGAGUUAUGAUCAAGACAGGCUUCUGUCAACACAUGAAAAUCUUCAUGGUGGCAACCAGAUACAGUGUGCCAGUGCUAGCCAUGAUGGUCAGAUUUUGGUUACGGGGGCUGAUGAUGGUUUAGUUUCCGUUUGGAGAAUCAAUAAGGAUGGGCCCCGCAACCUUCGGCGCUUACAAUUGGAGAAAGCACUUUGUGCCCACACAGCAAAAAUUACAUGCCUACACGUCAGCCAGCCUUACAUGCUGAUUGUAAGUGCAUCAGAUGACUGUACUGUCAUUUUAUGGGAUCUCAGCUCCUUGGUUUUUGUCAGGCAGCUUCCUCAGUUCCCAGCACCAAUUUCUGCCAUAUACGUAAAUGACUUGACUGGGGAGAUUGUCACAGCAGCUGGAGUUCUCCUUGCCGUUUGGAGCAUUAAUGGUGACAGCCUUGCAGUGAUCAAUACGUCCCAACUUCCAUCCGAUUCCAUUCUAUCAGUUACAAGUUGUACAUUUUCUGAUUGGCUAGACACCAACUGGUACGUAACAGGUCACCAGAGUGGGGCUGUUAAGGUAUGGAACAUGGUUCACUGCUCUGAUGAGGGGAGUUCACGAAGCAAGUCUACCAAUAGUGGAGCAGCAGGUUUAGCCCUUGGUUUGAAGGCACUGGAAUACAGGUUGGUUCUUCAGAAAGUACUCAAGUUUCAUAAGCACCCAGUUACAGCUCUUCACCUCACUACUGACCUGAAGCAGUUGCUGAGUGGGGAUUCUGGUGGGCAUUUGAUAUCAUGGACAUUACCGGAUGAGAGCUUGAGAGCUUCAUUUAAUCAUGGGUGACGGUGGAACUUAACAGGAAGCGAUAAUUCCAGCUCCUGCCUAGUUGGGGCAGCUGUUGAUUCCGUUCACCAACCCUAUUUUGUGGGUUUUGUGUUUCCAUUCUCCUCAAGGAAAGAGUUCAUUGUAUGCGGAAAAGGGAAAGCAAGACAGCAGGGCUGGCCUGGGAAUUGGAAGAGGUAAAAGACGGAAUGAUACGAGGAAAAAGAAACCUCUCGUAGAUGUUGAUAAAAAUGACAACAAAGUUGAGGCUUACCCUGAUACUGAAGCACAUAAAGAGGGUGAAGCUUCUGAUUUUUGAAAAAUCAAUUGGAUAGGCUGUGUACAAGGAUGGGGGAUUUUGGUUUUGCAUCACUACAUUUGUCUACUUGUUUUUUUUUUUUCUCAUUUAUCUUCAUUUUGAUGUAAAUAGAUGAGGUCAUUAACAGUGUGUAAUGAAAAUUGUAUAGCAAAAAGGCUUUUUUUCCAGGA